AUGACUGAUGAUGAGGCCCUCUCACCGCCCAAACGGUCUGGAACUAGCGAUCCUGGCGCCCACGACCUAGCCAGCGCUUCCGACUCUGAAGAUCACUUUUCCGAUGCGCAAUCUGCUCUCCUCAGCCCCGGAACGUCGCCAAUUCCCAAGACUCGUGUAGAGAAAGUCGACGACGAACCGUCAUAUGGCGAGGUCCCUGGAACGGAGGCCUACCGCCUGAGGGAGGGGGAUGCUGAACCGGAUGAGAUUGCUAUCCAGGAGAAGAAGAGCGGUGCGUCGUCGUCUGAGGACGGUGUACCCAGGUCGCCCGUCAUCCCCAAGACCGUCGUUGAAGAGGCUCCUGGCUCGUCAGGGCCGCACUCAGAGGAGUUCCUAGAGAAACGCAAGGCAGAUGCCCCAGCCGACUUGGUUGUGAAGCCGGAAGGCAAGACUGAGGACGGUGGCAGUUCCGAGAUCCCUGAAAUUCAAAGAACAUUCGUCGUUGACCUGGCGUCAUUCGUAGAUCUUCCUCCUGUAUCACCUGCGCUCUCAGCCCCGGGUUCGCCUCGCAUGAAACGGAGACCAUCCAAGACUGCCUUGUCGUCUAACCCAUCCAGUGCAAGCCUCGCACCACCACCUGACGCGCAAGACGACGAGGGCGACGACGACGAUUUUGGUGACGAUUUUGACGACUUUGAAGAGGGUGCCGAGGCCGAUGGUGACUUUGACGACUUUGAAGACGGCUUUCAAGAACCAGAAUUUGAAGCUCCCGCACCAGCGCCGGCGCCGAGCUUGCCACAAGUACCAUCGUUACCAUUCGAUAUACCCGAUUUCGAUGGCUUAGAUGGUGAAGACGUUCUGCAAGCUGUUGAUCCAUACCUCAACACCCUAUUCCCACCAGAAGACUUAGACGUGUCCUCUCCUCCACCAAUAACCAAAGAAAAUCCUAUCUUCCUCACACCGCGCAGCGCGUCUCUGUGGUCACAACUUGUAGCACCUCCACCGCUAGCACCGCCAGAUUGGAUCCGCUCCCGUAUCCGUCGCCUGUUCCUGGUCUCUCUGGGCGUGCCGGUCGAUCUAGACGAGAUCCUCCCGGCCUCAAAGCAGAAAAAACUUGUGCUACCGUCACUACAAGUCACAAUGUCCGGCUCUCCACGGACAUCCUCAGAUUCCCGCUCCGUAUCACGGGUGCGACAGUCCGAGGCCAACGCCUCAUCGACGUCAGUCGACUCGAAAGGGAAACCGUCAGCAUCCAAGAAGAAGGGCCAGCCGCCAGUACCGGACCUGGACCUCGUGUCGGCUAAGCAGCUCUGCACGACCACCGACGAGGCCCUGAACGGUAUGACGGACGACGAGCUCAGGGCACAUGUCGAGAAGCUCAAGGCAAUGGAGGGCACGGCUAGGGAGGUGCUGGAGUACUGGACCAAGAAGACGGACGAAAAGAUAGGCGACAGAGAAGCCUUCGAGGGCGUAAUAGAAAACCUGGUCAAGCACGCGCGCAAGGUCAGGAAAUAA